UCCUCCUUUCCUUCACGAUAGGUAUAACGCGCAGCCUCAUCUUGAAUUUUGAAGCUUUUAAAAGAUUUCUCAUCUGUUUCUCACAAAUUCGCGUUUAUUUUACGGCUCCUCCUCCUCCUCCUCCUCCUCCUCCGUGUCGUUUUCGGAAUCAGAGACUUGUAUAAUCCUGUUAGGUUUCGGUAAUCGACGAUUCUUUAUAAGGCAUAUCUGAAUGAGCUAAUGGAGUCAAAAGGUGGGAAGAAGAAGUCUAGUAGUAGUAGUAGUAGUAAAUCCUUAUUCUACGAAGCUCCUCUCGGUUACAGCAUUGAAGACGUUCGACCCAACGGUGGAAUUAAGAAAUUCAGAUCUGCUGCAUACUCCAACUGCGUGAGAAAGCCAUCCUGAGAUUUCCGAAGUAGUGUGACAUUGCCCCCCCAACUUCUUUCGUUUUGCAAUCUUCUCUAUUCUCUGCUUUUCUCCUACUCCCUUUGAUCCCUCAUUCCCCUUGAUCCCUUGAUCCCUCUCUGCUAAAUUGUCUGUCUCCUGCAAGGCAAGAUGGACUUGCCAGUCUCUGCAAUUGGAUUUGAAGGCUAUGAAAAGAGGCUUGAAAUUGGCUUUCUCGAGCCAGGCAUCUUUGCUGAUCCCGGAGGAAUGGGUCUCCGCUCUUUAACUAAAGCUCAGUUGGAUGAGAUUUUGAAACCAGCUGAAUGCACCAUUGUUUCUUCGCUGUCAAAUGGUCAUGUUGACUCAUAUGUUCUUUCAGAGUCAAGCCUCUUCGUGUACCCAUACAAAAUUAUCAUCAAAACUUGCGGGACUACAAAACUGCUUCUUUCCAUUCGUCCUCUCCUGAAGUUGGCUGAUGGACUAUCCCUUUCUGUGAAAUAUGUGAGGUAUACCCGUGGAAGUUUCAUAUUUCCUGGAGCUCAGCCAUUUCCUCACCGCAGCUUCUCAGAGGAAGUUUCUGCACUGGAUGGCUACUUUAGCAAACUUGGUUUGGCUAGCACUGCAUCCAUAAUGGGAAGUUCUGAUGCAACAAAAAAAUGGCAUGUUUACUCUGCUUCUGCCGGAGAAGGAAGCCAUGGUGACAAGGUCAACACUCUAGAAGUGUGUAUGACGGGUUUGGACAGAAAGAAGGCAUCCGUUUUCUACAAAACUGGUGAAAGUUCAGCUGCUGGGAUGACAGCAAAUUCAGGCAUCAGGAAAAUUCUGCCACAAUCUGACAUAUGUGAUUUUGAGUUUGAACCUUGCGGUUACUCCAUGAAUGCUAUUGAAGGGGAUGCGAUUUCGACCAUCCAUGUUACUCCUGAAGACGGAUUCAGCUAUGCAAGUUUUGAGGCUGCUGGUUAUGAUUUUGAAGAAGUUAAUUUACGCGAGCUUCUUGAGAGGGUUUUGGCUUGCUUCAAACCUGCUGAGUUUUCUGUGGCUUUACAUACAGGAUGUGUGGGUGCGGAGGUUUCCACUUUCCGACUGAACUUGAAGGGUUAUAAGUGCGAGGAAAUGAACUAUAAGGUUACUGGUGAGGAAGGUGGAACGGUAAUCUACUACAACUUUGUUGAGGCACGAGAGCCAGUCCUGAAAUGCCGUUGGAGAAUGAAGGGGGGGAAAGAGGAAUUUACGGGGAAAGAGUGUUGGAUUCCAUGUAUUGCGUCUUUGUAAACUUCUGCUUUUGGUUGCUUCUUUUUAUUUGAGUUGGUUUAGAUAAACUGGUAGUAAUUGAAUAAUGUAUCCUGCGAGGGUCGCAGGGUGAGUGUGUCUUCUUGUUGGUUUUGCUACAGUGAUGUAUUGUUGCCCGUGGAGUCGGGUUUAUUCCAGACAUUCUUCUCUUUAUUAAGUUUUUGUUAUGAAUAAAACCUCCUAUUAUGGUAUUUUAUGAUGGAGUUUGAAAA